AUGGGUAAGGAGAAAACUCACAUCAACGUUGUUGUUAUUGGUCACGUCGACUCUGGUAAGUCUACUACCACCGGUCACUUGAUUUACAAGUGUGGUGGUAUUGACAAGAGAACUAUUGAAAAGUUUGAGAAGGAAGCAGCUGAAUUGGGUAAGGGUUCUUUCAAGUACGCUUGGGUUUUGGACAAGUUAAAGGCUGAGAGAGAAAGAGGUAUCACUAUUGAUAUUGCUUUGUGGAAGUUCGAGACUCCUAAGUACCAUGUUACUGUUAUCGAUGCCCCAGGUCACAGAGAUUUCAUCAAGAAUAUGAUUACCGGUACUUCUCAAGCAGACUGUGCUAUUUUGAUCAUUGCAGGUGGUGUUGGUGAGUUCGAGGCUGGUAUUUCUAAGGAUGGUCAAACUAGAGAGCACGCUUUGUUGGCAUACACUUUGGGUGUCAAGCAGUUGAUUGUUGCUAUCAACAAGAUGGACUCCGUCAAGUGGGAUGAGAGCAGAUUCCAAGAAAUCGUCAAGGAGACUUCCAACUUUAUCAAGAAGGUUGGUUACAACCCUAAGACUGUUGCCUUCGUUCCAAUCUCUGGAUGGAACGGUGACAACAUGAUUGAGCCAACUCCUAACGCCCCAUGGUACAAGGGUUGGGAGAAGGAGGUCAAGGGUUCUACCGUCAAGGGUAAGACCUUGUUGGAGGCCAUUGACUCUAUCGAGCCACCAAGCAGACCAACUGACAAGCCAUUGAGAUUGCCAUUGCAAGAUGUCUACAAGAUUGGUGGUAUUGGAACUGUGCCAGUCGGCAGAGUCGAGACCGGUGUCAUCAAGCCAGGUAUGGUUGUCACCUUUGCUCCUUCUGCCGUCACCACUGAAGUCAAGUCCGUUGAAAUGCACCACGAACAAUUGGAACAAGGUGUCCCAGGUGACAACGUUGGUUUCAACGUCAAGAACGUUUCCGUCAAGGAAAUCAGAAGAGGUAACGUCUGUGGUGACUCCAAGAACGAUCCACCAAAGGCUGCUGAAUCUUUCAACGCUACAGUUAUCGUUUUGAACCAUCCAGGUCAGAUCUCUGCUGGUUACUCUCCAGUUUUGGACUGUCACACCGCUCACAUUGCCUGCAGAUUCGACGAAUUGUUGGAGAAGAACGACAGAAGAUCAGGUAAGAAGUUGGAAGACUCUCCAAAGUUCAUUAAGGCCGGUGAUGCUGCUUUGGUCAAGUUUGUCCCAUCCAAGCCAAUGUGUGUCGAAGCUUUCACCGACUACCCACCAUUGGGUAGAUUCGCCGUUAGAGACAUGAGACAAACCGUUGCUGUUGGUGUCAUCAAAUCUGUUGAGAAGUCCGAAAAGGCUGGUAAGGUCACCAAGGCUGCUCAAAAGGCUGCUAAGAAAUAG